AUGAGUAACAAUAAUAGAACAGUUAUUAAGAAGUCACUACAAGAGAGUAAUAGACCUCCAUCAGCUACCUCAACUAAAUCUUCGGUCAGCGAUGUCUAGCAAUAUCAGAAACAGGGCAUGUCAUUUUAGGAUUAUAUGACCAUGAAAGUUUUACCUAAUGAGCAAUAAAAUAUACCGGAAAAUCAAAUACCAAAGGACUAAUCAUAAAAUCAGUAGUCAAAUUAUAAGGGUACUUUAGCAAGUCAGAAAUUCUUCACCCCUAAAGAGCUUAAUGCGCUUAAUUUUAACUAGAGACCAGACUCCAAGAAAAUAAUUAGAGAGGAACUUAAGAAAACAAAUGGGCCAGUUAAAGUAAAUCACUAAGUCAACUCUAACUCAAAUCCUUAUGAUUUAAAUGACUAAUUUAUGCAGAAGACUCAGUCUUUAGAUCAGGAAUAAUAGAAAAAGCUAGAAAAUCUAAAUCGCAGGCCAUUUAGUGUCAAAUCCUCAAGAUAAGGAAGUAGGCCAGUUACAGCACAAUCCGAUUAAAAUAUCAACGGUAAAGAGAACUUGGAGAGUAGUCAAUUUUAGUUAGAAAACGAUGUCUAUGAAGAGAUUUCUACUCCUGAAGUAAAUUAUGAGGAAAGAAUGAAUUUGUUAAGAUAACUAGAUUAAAGAUAAAAAGACAGAGAUGAAUUAGAGCUAGAAGAAGUAUUUGAAUCAUUAAGAAAUCAGGUUUAGAAUGAAAAAGAUAUUGACACUUUAAGUACUUAUUCUAUGAAAGAGAUCAAGGAAGAUAAGUAGAUUAAUAUUUAUAAGCCUUCGUUGAAAAAGACUAAUGUAUAGUCAGCUAAAUAAAAUGAUUCCUAUAUUAUAAGUGAAUAGUCAACUCCAAUGAAAAAUGAGCCCAAUAAGUUUAAGAAUUAAAAUAGUUCUCAAGGAGGAUUUAAUUUUUAUCCUCAAACUAGCACAGUAGUUGCUCUACCAACUGGUGAUGGACAAAGCAGGCUAGACUAGAUUUAUAAGCAGUUGAAAGAUUUGUAGAAUUUCAAAGAUGAAAUCAUGGAUGAUUUGGAUGAAUUUAUGGAUGAAGUUGAGACCAAAUCACUUGUGACGAUUCCUGAGUAAUUUGAUGAAGUCGUUGAUAUUGUUGUAAAUGAAUAAAGAGAUAAGGGAGAGAAAAUAGUCCAGGAUCAGAUAGAUAAAAUAGGGUAAAAUGAAGAAAUAUUAGAUGAGACGGGGAAACCCUUUUGGAUGAAGUUCUUAAAAGCUGAUUAUCUGGGUGAAUCAGAAGAUAAUUCUAGCAGUUAAAUAUAAAAUCAAGGUAAAAAGAUGCAAAAGAAGUUAAUUGAACUGACUGAUAAGGAGUAAAAAAUGAAAAAGGAGCUGGAAAAAAUUAGAAUGCUUGAUGCAUAGUUGGCUUCAUAAACAAAAUUAUAAAGAGAACUCAAGAAUUCACAAAUGCUCAGAAGAUAAGAGGAAGAUAGAUUGGAAGAUUAAAAGAGGCAAAUGAUAAUGAUUCAUAAGGAAGAGUAAAGCAAGGUACAAUCAUCAAAAGGAUUCAAUUCUACUGCCAAAAAGUAAAAUCCAGCUUAAAGAGGCCAAUCAAAAGGAAAACCUCCCAGUAAAAAUACAAAUUAAAGGAAUUAGAAAUAGGAAUCUUCAAAAAAUAAUAAUUAAAAUGACGAUGAUAUUGGGGAUACUUUCCUCACUGAUGCACUUUUUAAAGGGAAAAGAUAGAGCAAGUAGAAUUCAGUAAAAGGAAGUCAAAGAGGUGAUGAUGAUAGCGUAGAUUCAGACGAGCUAUAAGAUGUAGUUUAUGAUUAUGAAUAAUCUCAAGCUUUGAUGGAAAUGGCUGAUGAUUUUCUUAAAAAACCAACUUUAUUAGCUUUACCACCAAUAGAAGAAUACUCAACGCCUUCUAAAAAUCCACAGAACUAAACAUCAACUAGUUUUAGGACUAAUAUGACUGGAUCAACGUCAAAAGUUGGAGGUAAAGAUUUCCUCUCAAUGAAUAAAGAUCAGGCUAAAGACUUUAACCCCUAUAAAAAGCCGAUGAUAUGUGAUUAACUAGAUGAAUAAAGUAAGAAUAGGUUGGAUACUCUGAUUAAAGAUAUUGAUGAUAAUCUUGAAGAUAUCAUUAAAGAAAAGCAAGAUUUUUACUCAGCAGAUAUGAAUAAAUCAACAUACACUAAUAAAAUAAAUGAUGGAAAAGGAGCAUACCUCUACUCUAAAGAUGAUAUAAGUAAAAUUGAAAGUAUUAAUGACAAUCUAAGGAAAAUGGCACCAAUGCUACCACCCUCUGAGGGUUCUGAUAUGAGUAAGAUAGCUUUUAUUUCAAAGUAUACUUUAGAUCAAGACUAUAAAUCUAACUAUGAUAUGAAAUCUAAUUACGAUCAUUCGAAAUUCUUAGGUGAUGAUUCCUCGUCUAUAAGAUCCAUGCCGAUGAGUGUUAUGACUAGAAAAUCAAACUUUACUAUGCUUACACAUAAAACUUUCAAUACACAUGCGACUGCUCUGCCAAAAGAGAGAAAAUUGAGAGAAAUGGCAGAAAAAAGACUUUUAACAAAUCAGCUUAAGCAAAUAGACAACAAUCUUCAAAAGAUAAAUGAUACUGAUGAUCUAUCCUAUGCUGUUGAUGAACAAAAAUCUUAGCAGAAACCAGGAUAAAACCUGACUGUAGAUCAGAUGCUUGGAUAACUAGAAGUUAAGAAAUAAAUGAUUGAUCAAGAGACACUUUUGAGGUUGAUUGAAGAAUGUAGAGAAGAUGAAGAAAGACUCUCAGUUAUGAGUGAAAUGAAUGGGGAUGAUAGUAGAAGUGUAGCAUUAUCUGGAUAUAAUGAGAAGACUUAAAUGUAACUUGCAGAACUGGAGAAGCAAUCCUAAUUAUUUAUAGAAGCAGAGGAAACAUUCAAGGGUAUUGCUUAAGUCAAAGAAGACUAUUACAGAGCUUUAGAUUCAAUACAAGAUCGAGAAAAAACUAUCCUUGCAAUAGAAUAAAGAGUGAAUUAGCUAUCAAAGAAAAGCGAGGGUUAGGAAAAGAUAAUACAGAGGAAAAAUGUGCUUCGAUAGUAAUUGCAAGCUCAAGAGGAUGAGCUCUCAUCAAUUAUUAAUAACUUAGAAAGUAAGGAAGAGAUGAUAAAAUAAAUGAGAGAAAAAGAAGAUAGAGAUUUUGAGCUCUAUGAUCAACAGAUUAGCUAAAACGAGAAUAUUAAAGCAAAAUUAUACGAGGAAGAUGAUGAUAAGGACAGUGAAACAUUAAACAAGAUGCUUAAUGACAUUCAAGGUUUUCAUAAUAUGGAGAGAGAACUAGAGUAAGAGUAGGAUGAAGAAAGUGAUAGAAAUAGAAAAAUGCUGGAGGAGAUAGAAAGGAGUUAGGUGGAUAGGGACGAUGAUGUCAAUGUGCUUAUGGCCUUUGCCAAUAAACAGCUCGACAUUAAAGAUGCUAAAGAAGCUGAAGAAUAGAAAAAUAAUGAUAACAAUGAUAACUGA